AUGUCUAACAUGCCAGUCCUCCAGCACAUCCUUGUCAUAGGAGCCGGAGUCUUCGGUCUCUCGACCACUCUGUCCCUUCUCUCCAGCCCCACAUAUAAAUCAACCCGAAUCACUGUCGUGGACGGGUCUCCUUCUCUUCCAAAUCCCUCCGGGUCGUCCGUCGAUGCCAGCCGCAUUGUGCGCGCCGACUACGGGUCCAAACACUAUUGCCGGCUAGCUCUUGAGGCGCAGGAACGCUGGCGCGAUAAAAGGAAAGAAGCAUGGGGUGGAGAAGACAGGUAUCAUGAACCAGGCUUCGUGUUGAGCAGGGAAGAGGACAAAGAUGCAUAUCUGAAAGAGGCGUUGGCCACUGUGCGGAAGCUGGCGGCAGAAGAUGACCAAGGCAGGGCUGACCUAAACAAGAUCAAGCAGCUAGAAGGACAAGAUGAGAUCAGAAAAGCCACUGGAUAUGAGGGUGUGAGCGGCGAUCAUGGAUAUGCCAAUUUCAAUUCGGGUUGGGCUAAUGCUGAAGCGUCCGUCGCGUACGUUUUGAGAAGGAUAGAAAGGGAAGGCGGCGAUCGUGUGACCAUACGGAGCGGUGCGCAGGUCGCAAAGUUGCUUUUUUCUGGAGAGAAUUGUACCGGUGUCGAACUGGUUGGAGGGGAGGAAAUCAGUGCCGACUUGAUUGUCCUUGCCGCAGGAGCAUGGAGUCCAACACUCAUCGAUCUUCAAGGCCGAUGUUUAGCGACGGGCCAAGUAUUGGCCUAUCUCAACAUCACCGAAGAAGAGCAGACAGCGAUGGAGCACCGUCCGACGGUCAUGAACAUGAGCCGUGGCAUGUUCAUCAUUCCACCCCGAGGAAAGGAAUUGAAGAUUGCACGACAUGGGUAUGGCUACAGGAAUAUGGUCCAAGUUCCAAGGAAGAAUCUUCAACCGGAACUCCCGAAUGGCGAUAUCAAUGGGGACGACGGUGAAUUUAUCGAUGUAAGCGUACCAAAGGUGGGGAUUUCCGUUCCUCUCGAAGCGCAGGAGGCAUGUCGUGAAGCACUUCGAGAGCUUGUGCCGCACAUGGCAGACCGGCCAUUCUCUCGGACGAGGAUAUGUUGGUAUUGCGACACACCGACGGGGGAUUUCCUGAUAACGCGUCAUCCGCAAUACAGAUCACUCUUCCUGGCAACCGGGGGGAGUGGUCACGGCUUCAAAUUCUUCCCUGUGAUAGGUGACUACAUCGUCGACGCGAUCGAGGGAAGACUCGAGCCUGGAUUGGCGGAGAUAUGGCGCUGGAGGACGGAUGCCGAAUUGGAGGCGAGUCGUGGCAGGGAGGGAUUCGUGGGCUGUGACGACGGAAGUAGAGCAGGUAAGAAAGGCAUGUUGCUGGACGAGGAGAUGGCCAGGGGUCAACCCAGUUGA